AUGGCGCGCAACAAGAUCCCGCCCCGGUGGCUGCACUGCCCGCGCCGAGGCCAGCCCGUGGCAAGGAAGUUCUUACCUCUGAAGACUAUGUUAGGACCAAGAUAUGAUAGUCAAGUCGCUGAAGAGAAUCGAUUCCAUCCUAGUACGCUCUCCAACUAUCUGAAGAGCCUAAAGGUUAAAAUGGGACUUUUGGUGGAUUUGACAAAUACUACAAGAUUUUAUGAUAGAAAUGACAUUGAAAAAGAAGGGAUCAAGUAUAUAAAGCUUCAGUGUAAAGGUCAUGGGGAAUGCCCUACCGCUGAGAAUACCGAUACAUUCAUUCGUCUAUGUGAACACUUUAAUGAGAAGAAUCCUCCUGAACUUAUAGGUGUUCACUGUACUCAUGGUUUCAAUAGAACUGGUUUCCUCAUCUGUGCCUUCUUGGUUGAGAAGAUGGAUUGGAGUAUUGAAGCAGCAGUUGCUACCUUUGCACAAGCCAGACCACCAGGAAUCUAUAAGGGUGAUUAUUUGAAAGAACUUUUUCCACGUUAUGGGCAUGUAGAAGAAGCACCUCCCCCACCUUUACUGCCAGAGUGGUGUUUUGAGGAAGAAGAGGAAGAUGAGGAAGAGGAUGGAAAAAAAGAAUCUGAACCUGGAUCAAGUACUUCCUUUGUCAAAAGGAGAAAAGAACGUUUAAAAUUGGGUGCCAUACUCUUGGAAGGUGUGACAGUUAAAGGUGUAACUCAAGUAACAACUCAACCAAAAUUGGGAGAGAUACAGCAAAAGUGUCAUCAUUUCUGUGUCUGGGAAGGGUCUGGAUUCCCUGGAGCACAGCCUGUUUCCAUGGACAAGCAAAAUAUUAAAUUGCUUGAGCAGAAUCCAUACAAAGUAAGCUGGAAAGCAGAUGGUACUCGGUAUAUGAUGUUGAUUGAUGGCACAAAUGAAGUUUUUAUGAUAGAUAGAGAUAAUUCAGUUUUUCAUGUGUCAAAUUUGGAAUUCCCAUUCUGUAAAGAUCUUCGAAUUCAUUUGUCAAACACACUUUUGGAUGGGGAAAUGAUUGUUGACAAAGUAAAUGGACAGGUCGUUCCUCGGUACUUGAUAUACGACAUAAUUAAAUUUAAUGCACAGCCAGUUGGAAAUUGUGAUUUCAACACUAGAUUGCAAUGUAUUGAAAAAGAAAUUAUAAAUCCUCAGCAUGAAAAAAUGAAGAAUGGACUCAUUGACAAAAAACGAGAACCAUUUAGUGUUAGGCACAAGCCAUUUUUUGACAUCUCUACUUCAAGAAAGCUGCUUGAAGGAAGUUUUGCUAGGGAAGUCAGCCAUGAAGUAGAUGGACUUAUUUUUCAGCCUAUUGGAAAAUACAAACCUGGUCGGUGUGAUGAUAUUUUGAAAUGGAAACCUCCCAGUCUGAAUUCUGUAGAUUUUCGCCUAAAAAUAACAAGAAUGGGAGGAGAAGGGCUGCUUCCCCAGAAUGUUGGCCUUCUUUAUGUUGGAGGUUAUGAAAGACCAUUUGCACAAAUUAAGGUGACAAAAGAACUAAAACAAUAUGACAAUAAAAUUAUAGAAUACAAAUUUGAGAACAACAGCUGGGUCUUCAUGAGACAGAGAACAGACAGAAGCUUUCCAAAUGCUUAUAACACUGCCAUGGCUGUAUGUAAUAGCAUUUCAAAUCCAGUCACCAAGGAAAUCCUCUUUGAGUUCACUGACAGAUGUAUGACAGCUUCUCAAGGACAAGCAUGGAAGCAUCAUCUGGACCUAGACACAGAGCUCAUGCCUCUUCCACCUCCCAAAAAGCCACGUCCUGGCAUCUAA